AUGGCGUCGAGGCCCGGAGCUCUGACGGAGUGGCCAUGGAGUCCCCUUGGUAGCUUUAAGUACCUCUUGGUGGCGCCGUUGGUGAUAGCGAGCAUGCACUCGUACGCGACCUCUGAGGACGAGGAGAAAGACCUUGGGAGACUGCUCAUAGUGGCGUUGAUGCUGUGGAGAAUCGUUCACAGCCAGAUAUGGAUCAGCGUGUCCCGUCAGAGGACUGCCAAGGGGAGGAAGAAGAUCGUGGACAAGCCCAUCGAGUUCGAGCAAGUGGACCGAGAGCGAACCUGGGACGACCAAAUCAUCUUCAACACUCUCCUCAUGUACCUCGCCAACAUCAAGCUCCCAGGAUCCUCUCGCCUUCCCCUCUGGAGACCAGACGGAGCCAUCCUCAUGGCUCUCCUUCACGCUGGCCCCGUCGAGUUCCUCUACUACUGGUUCCACAGAGCUCUCCACCACCACUUCCUCUACUCUCGCUACCACUCUCACCACCAUUCCUCCAUUGUCACCGAGCCCAUCACGUCUGUGGUGCACCCCUUCGCCGAGCACAUCGCCUACACUCUACUCCUCGCCAUACCCAUAGUAACGGCGUCCCUCUGUGGGAUCCUCUCCAUUGUUCCCGUUAUUGCAUACCUUACUUACAUAGACUUCAUGAACAACAUGGGGCACUGCAAUUUCGAGAUGUUCCCUAAGCGUCUCUUCAACCUCUUUCCUCCCCUCAAGUUUAUCUGCUACACCCCUUCGUUCCAUUCACUACACCACACGCAGUUCAGGACCAACUACUCUCUCUUCAUGCCAAUCUACGAUUACAUCUACGGGACGACCGACAAGUUGAGCGAGACGUUGUACGAGAGGUCGUUGGAGAGAGAGGAGGAAUCACCGGACGUCAUCCACCUAACCCACCUCACCACGCUCGACUCCAUCUACCAAAUGCGCCUUGGCUUCCCGUCCCUCUCAUCUCGCCCCUUGUGGUCUCAACCCCCAUGGUACCUCACCUGCUUCAUGUGGCCCUUCACUCUCCUCUUCUCAUUCGUCCUCACCUCCGCUCUCUCCUCCCGCACCUUUGUCUUUGAGCGAAACCGUCUCCGUAAUCUCACCCUUCACUCUCACCUCCUUCCCAAAUUUGCCUUUCACUAUAAAUCGCAGCGCCACCGUGAGUCCAUCAACAAUACCAUAGAGGCAGCUAUCCUUGAAGCAGAUGAAAAGGGUGUGAGAGUGAUGAGUCUUGGGCUGAUGAACAAUAGGGAGGAGCUAAACGGGUGUGGACAAGUGUACGUGCAAAAGCAUCCGAAGCUGAAGAUGAGGUUAGUGGACGGAAGCAGCAUGGCAGCUACGGUGGUGGUCAAUAGCAUUCCCAAGGGAACCAGGGAAGUUGUGUUUAGAGGAAAUCCAACAAAGGUUGCUUCGGCCGCUGUCUUUGCUCUAUGCCAAAGAGGCGUCAAGGUGGUAGUGUUGCGCGAGGAAGAACACAACACGCUCAUCAGAUCUGGGGUCGUCAAGAAUUUGGUAUUGUCUACAAACAAUUAUUACUCCCCAACGGUGUGGUUGGUUGGGGAUGGGAUAGGGAAAGAAGAGCAGAUGAAGGCAAAAGAAGGAYCCCUUUUUGUUCCCUUUUCUCAAUUCCCACCUAACAAACUCCGCAAAGACUGUUUUUACCACUCCACUCCAGCAAUGCUUGUUCCCAAGUCUGCUGAAAACAUCGACUCCUGUGAGGUACAGCUUUGA